AGUGACAAGCAUCUGGAACAGACGGCGAACCAAACAGAUACCAACAAUGGUUCUCUACUUCCAAGCUGUUAUACUUACAAUCUGCCUGCUACAUACAACCUCUGCAGACUCCCUGGUUGACCAAAAGCUAAAAGCGGAUGAAAACUUCCUGAACGGCCAAAAAUUGAAUACCAACGGGAACUUCUUCGAAUCAGCACCCGUAGUACACGAAACCCACCAAAGCGAAGAACACUCCACAGGUCCCAUCAUCAAGAAGCACGUGGAGAGCCACCAUAGCGAAGACUCGGCCAGCGAAUCGAAAGGCUCGAAGAGCGCUAGCAGUCCGAUGAGCAUGGAUAUGACCAUGGGAAGUGGUUUGGGCAUGGGAAUGGGCAUGGGGAUGAAGCCAAUGAUGAUGAAACCCAUUACGGGCGGUGUUGGAAUGGGAGUGGGGUCACUGGGAAUGGGUAUGGGAUCUGUAGGGAUGGGCAUGGGAGGAAUGGGCAUGAUGAAGGGUGGUAUGGGAAUGAUGAAAGGAGGUAUUGGAAUGAUGGAUGCAGGAAUGGGUGUAGGACAUGUUGGUAAGUGAGAAUUUUUUUCCAAACUGUUAUAAUUUAUCAUUCACAAAACAAUAAA